UCCUCUUCCUUCCGUCGCUGAGUGAGAGUAGAGAGUCUGCCGUACCCACAACGCGGGCCUGAAUCCUGUUUCCGAAACUGCUCGGACUCGCAUCAAAAACGAUGGCCACUCCCAAAAAGACAGUGCUGAUCACAGGCUGCUCGGCGGGCGGUAUUGGCGCCGCCCUGGCCCAUGAGCUCGCAAAGCAAGGCCAUCACGUCUACGCAACGGCGCGAAACACGGCCAAGAUCCCAGCGGAGCUCUCGGGCCUGCCCAACGUCACGACCUUCGCGCUCGAUGUAGCGUCCGACGCCUCUGUGAGGGAAGCCGCCAAGACCGUGGCCGAGAGCGGCAAGGCGCUGGACGUGCUCAUCAACAACGCCGGCUACGGCUACACUAUGCCGCUUUUGGACGUCGACAUCGCCCACGCCCAGCAACUCCACGACACUAACCUCUGGGGCGUCCUGCGGUGCGUGCAGGCGUUUUCGGAUCUGCUGAUUGCCAGCAAGGGCCGCAUCGUGAAUAUCAGCUCGGUUGGUGCGGUGGUGAACACGCCAUGGAUUGGCACCUACGCAUCCUCCAAAGCGGCGCUGAACUCGCUCUCUGACACGCUGCGGCUCGAGCUGUCGCCCUUCGGGGUUACCGUCGUUACCAUCAUGGUCGGCACCGUGGCCACGCCCUUCCACGCCAACGAGCCCGAGGUGGUGCUGCCGCCCAAGUCGCGGUACGCGGCCAUCCGCGACACCAUCAACCGCUGGGCCAAGGGAGAGGCCGGCCCUAAGGGCGGUCCAGUCGAGGAGCUCGCCAGGUCGGUCGUCCCGGACAUUGUGGGCAAGGAGAAGAGGGCGCAGGUCUGGAAGGGCGCCAACGCCGGCGCGGUCAAGUUCGUGUCCCGCUGGGUGCCUUCGUCGAUGUUGGACGGUAUGAUGAGUAAUGGCCAAGGGCUGGAUAAGCUAGCCAAGAGUCUCGAGAAGUAGCGGGUUUUCCGUUCGAUUUAGCUUCAUCACCCCUUACUGUGCAACACAUUGUACGAACACGAGAGGAAGGUACUAGCUUAGCCCGUCAUAAUGCAAGACAUCAUCAUCCACCCCUUAAAACAGUUCACUCCUGCUCCAUCGUCCCAGG